CUGAUCAUCCACUGGCUGUGUGUCUGCACAUGGUGAUUGAGCACCUUCCCGCACCCCCCGUUCUGCACAUGGUCAUUGAGCACCUUCCCGGGCCCCCCGUUCUGCACAUGGUCAUUGAGCACCUUCCUGGGCCCCCCGUUCUGCACAUGGUCAUUGUCACCUUCCUGGGCCUGAGCGAGGCUUACAAGGGUGGGAGCCUGCCAGGUCACCAGCAGGAGGCAGAACGGGGCCUCCAGUCCCAGCAGGCCUGGGUCCAGCACUGCUCCCCAGCCUCCUGGCCCCAAACCCAGGAACUCGAACUUGGAAAAGCACCUUCCCACUUGGCAACAGGCAGCCUGGGAUGGGCCCCGAUAAGCAACCCCAUCCGUGUGUGUCCAUGAGUGGGCUGGGGGGGGGCGGCAGGUGUUUCCAGGUGGUGAGGUGUGGCGGGUAGUCCCUGAUGACACUGGCUCUGCUGCUCCCCCAGGUCAAAGAGAUCCUGACGGCUCUGGGCUUGUUGUCUUGUGCCAACACGCGGACUGGGAGCCUCUCGGGCGGCCAGCGGAAGCGCCUGGCCAUUGCCCUGGAGCUGGUGAACAACCCUCCUGUCAUGUUCUUUGAUGAGCCCACCAGUGGGCUGGACAGUGCCUCCUGCUUCCAGGUGGUCUCCCUGAUGAAAGGGCUGGCUCAAGGAGGGAGGUCCAUCAUCUGUACCAUCCACCAGCCCAGCGCCAAGCUCUUCGAACUCUUCGACCAGCUUUAUGUCCUUAGUCAAGGACAAUGUGUGUACCGGGGAAAAGUCUCAAAUCUUGUACCAUACUUGAGGGAUUUAGGUCUGAACUGCCCAACCUAUCACAACCCAGCUGAUUUUGUCAUGGAGGUCGCGUCCGGCGAAUACGGCGAUCAGAACGGCCGCCUGGUGAGAGCCGUCCGGGAGGGCAUGUGUGACUCCGACCACAGGAGAGAGCCUGGGGGGGAUGCCGAGGUGAACCCUUUUCUUUGGCACCGGCCCUCUGAAGAGGUAAAGCAGGCAAAACGAUUGAAGGGGUGGAGAAAGGACUCCACCUCCACGGAGGGCUGCCACAGCUUUUCAGCCAGCUGCCUCACCCAGUUCUGCAUCCUCUUCAAGCGGACUUUCCUCAGUAUCAUGAGGGAUUCGGUCCUGACGCACCUGCGGAUCACGUCUCACAUUGGAAUCGGCCUCCUCAUCGGCCUGCUGUACCUGGGGAUUGGGAACGAAGCCAAGAAGGUCCUGAGUAACUCCGGCUUCCUCUUCUUUUCCAUGCUGUUCCUCAUGUUCGCCGCCCUCAUGCCCACCGUUCUCACGUUUCCCCUGGAGAUGGGAGUAUUUCUUCGGGAACACCUGAAUUACUGGUACAGCCUGAAGGCCUACUACCUAGCCAAGACCAUGGCCGACGUGCCUUUCCAGCAUCGUGUACUGGAUGACGUCGCAGCCGUCCGACGCCGUGAGGUUCGUGCUGUUCGCCGCGCUGGGCACCAUGACGUCCCUGGUGGCACAGUCCCUGGGUCUGCUCAUUGGAGCCGCAUCCACGUCCCUGCAGAUUGGCUUCAGCAGGUCGCUGCCCGGGGAAGGAACCGCACCGCGGCGGCUGGUCGGGGUUGGCACAAUGACAACAGCAGGUGUCCGUGGCCUUUGUGCCUGCCAGGCGCUGUUCCCAGCACUGUCCUCAUCAUAGCUCAUUGCUCCCUGGCAGCCCACAAGCUAGGGUGGUGCUAUCCCCAUUUUGUAGUGGGGGAGACUGAGGCCCAGAGAGGCGACGUGACCUGGUCAGGGUCGUGUGGCUGGCUCCGAGUCCAAGCUCUCAACGCCUAUGUUUUGUUGCCUCUGGGGGAUCCGCUCCGCCAUCCCUUGGCCCUCUAACGGCAGCCUGCGCCCCUACCCUGACCCGGGGCUUCACGUGCCCCCCAACCUGCCAACCCCCACGUGUGCACUGCGGCGCCUGCAGGGUGCUCAGGUCAGCUCUGUCCCCCACCACAAAGCCACAACUCUGGUGAAUCGUGUGCCCCUCAGGCCUUCCACCACACGCCCUCCCCUGUCGCUGCAUGUGAUGGACUCUCCGUUUCCGUCUUCAGAGCCCCCUGCCAGUGACCACUGGGCCCCUCAUCCGUGGGUAGGCAUAGCGAUGGUGUGCAUGGGGUGCAUCGGGAGGCCGUGGAAAGUGCUCGGCCCCACCAGCCGCCGCGAGAGCCCAGGGAAAGGUGCUCUUUGCUGCUUCCUCCCUCGGACACGGCAGCAGCACCUGACUGUCCACUCCUCCGGAUGCCGUGCCGCAGCCUCAUCGUUGUUCCCCUUGGUCCCUGCCUCCUGCAGGAGGCUCUCUCUUCGCCACCCCCCCGCCCCCAGCUGGGGCCCGCUGCUCUCUGCGCGGAGACAGGCUGCAGGUUGGAAGACAGGGGCCCUUAGUGCCAUCCUGGCCUUGUGUGACCAGCCGGGAGCCCCGGCCCUUUCCCAGCUGCUGGUGACUCUCCCCAGACGCGUGGGAUAUGGCCUCCGGGGGACACCUGAGGAAACUGGGCAGGAUUCCCACCUGCUGCCCCUGAGCACGUCCCC